CGUAACCAGUCAUCAACCAUAACUAUCCUUUUACCUACUCUGAUACAGCAGCCAAAAGUCACAACACCCCAUACACUCCUUGACGAUUUCAAUAAGCUUUCGUCAAGUCCCCAACAAACAACCUCCAAUAACCUCCAUCAACAACGCAACAUCCUCAAUUCCAUCUCCAAAGACAACAACAGCGUCAGGCCGCCAUGGCCCAGUACUACUCCCAGCAGUCCUUCGGGACACCGUCCUCCCCUCAGAAUCUCCAGUUCUACCCUUCCUCCUACUCAGUUUCUGGCCACACGACUCCCUCACAAGCUUCAUACGGAAGUUACGGAGUCCCCCCAGCCCAGGCACAAGCAUAUCCUGCCUCAAACGGGAGCGCCGCUGGCUAUGGCGGAUUCGGUGCUGGUCCUAGUCAAGGCGUCUCAGGACGGAUGGGCGACCAAGGCGGAUUGAGGACAGGAUGGCUUGCUGCUUUUGGCACGGAGGGGUAUGAUGGAGAGCCGCCUUUGCUGGAGGAGCUAGGCGUGAACUUUGAUCACAUCCAAAGCAAGACAUUGACAGUCCUCAACCCCUUCGCCCGGAUAGACCAGCAUCUAAUGGACGACAGCGAUCUCUACGGCGCAAUCCUCUACAUCCUGCUCUACGGCACGUUUCUAUUAUUUUCCGGAAAAGUGUUCUAUGGCUACAUUUACGGGGUAGCGGUAUUCGGCGCGCUCGCUCUCCAUCUCAUCUUGAGUUUGAUGUCUCCUUCCCUCGACGCCGGCGGAUCAUCGCCGAUCCCCAACGCCGCAGACCCGACCAACUACGACCCUCACACCAAACCACCGGGUUCGUCUGGCGGAAGCGAUGGCGUGACAGGGCAUUUCUCAGCGACAUUGACGUUUCCAAGGUCGGCAAGUGUGUUGGGGUAUUGUUUCUUGCCGCUGGUGUUGACCAGUCUGAUUGGGAUUUUGAUUCCGAUGGAUACUAUGUUUGGGUAUCUGCUCACGUCGGCGGCUGUGGGGUGGUGUACGUAUAGUAGUUCGGGGAUGUUUUGUGCUGUGGGUCGUAUGCGUGGCAUGCGAGGCUUGGUGGCAUAUCCGUUGGCGCUGUUUUAUGUGGUGUUUGGGAUUAUGGGGAUCUUUUCGUCGCGGGGAAGCGGGACGUUGGCUGCUAAGACGGGGUCUUUCUAAAUGGGUUUUGUUGUUCGAAAUCGGCUGGCUCCUGUCGUGCAGUACAGUUAUACUGGUAGUGGACGUUAAUGACCCUAAAGGUCAGGUUAUGUACGGGCAAUGUUGUUGUCGUAGUUGUAUUUUGUCACGGCUGUAUGAAAUAUGAAAUAAUGGCU